AGAGGUCUCCCCCUGAUUUCUAUACGCAUAAUUCGUCGUGUUGCAGGUCGCAACGAGCUAAUCGCCCGUUAUAUCAAAUUGAGGACCGGUAAGACGAGAACGCGAAAGCAGGUGUCCUCGCACAUACAGGUCCUCGCGAGAAGAAAACUCCGGGAAAUACAGGCGAAACUCAAAGUGGAUCAUGCAACCAAGGAGAAGACGCUCCAGACAAUGUCGAACAUGUCGAGCGCCCAGAUAGUAUCAGCUGGAAGUUCGAUACACAACAAGAUGACCCCCGCCCUCGUGGGGCACCUUGCCCUUCAUGCUUCCACCCCUGUCUCCUAUCCCGGAGCGCAAUUCUGGCAGCCAGGACUGCAGCCGGGAACGUCUCAGGAUGUCAAGCCGUUUCCUCAGCCCGCCUACACCGGGAAACCGGCGACGGCGGUCUCGAGCGGCGACAUGGUCCAGCCGGCGCCGCCGCCGCCGUGGGAAGGACGCGCCAUCGCCUCCCACAAGCUCAGGCUCGUCGAGUUCACGGCCUAUAUGGAGCAGCACAGAAAUCAGGAGAUGUAUCACAGGCACUUAUUCGUCCAAAUAGGAGGGCCUGCGGUCUACGGAGACCCUCUAGAAGCAGUCGACAUUAGGCAGAUAUACGACAAAUUCCCGGAGAAGAAAGGCGGCCUGAAGGAGCUGUACGAUAAGGGACCUCAGGCGGCUUUCUUCCUCGUUAAGUUUUGGGCUGAUCUCAAUACCAACAUCCAAGACGAAGCUGCUGCAUUCUACGGCGUCACGAGCCAGUACGAGAGCAAUGAACACAUAAAAAUGAUCACGUGUUCGACGAAAGUGUGCUCCUUCGGCAAGCAGGUGGUGGAGAAGGUAGAGACGGAAUACGCCAGGUUUGAGAACGGCAGGUUCGUCUACCGCAUCAGAGAAUCGCCCAUGUGCGAGUACAUGAUCAAUUUCAUCCACAAACUGAAGCACCUGCCGGAAAAGUACAUGAUGAACAGCGUUCUCGAGAACUUCACUAUCCUCCAGGUUGUCACGGAUAAGGACACGCAUGAGACAUUACUGUGCACGGCAUAUGUGUUCGAGGUGUCGACGUCCGAACACGGUGCUCAGCAUCACAUAUACAGAUUGGUCAAAGACUAGCCUGCUUGAACUUGCUCGCCAUGCAGCCAUCCACCCCCAUCAGUGCCUACCAUCACAUAAAGAUCAUCCAUACGCGUAUACACUGUACGAACACGUAUACAGGAAACACCGACGCAAAAACGAGACACACACGACGAAACAUAUACAACCACAUACGUGAAACGAACACACGUGAAACACGACACGACGCAUCGAUACGUGGGUGUAAGACACACACACACACACACACACAUUUACACGGGAAGAUAUUAUUCUCGCGCCCAGGCGACUUUCCACGGAGGAUAUUCGCACGAUGAAAGCGAAAGAGGCAAGAUAAUUAAGAUAAUAUAACGAUAAUAGGAGAAUUGUCCCUUGUAAACCCUUGAUGCGUUCCAGCAAACGCUUUACUUACUUUACUUAGGAAAUUUAAGAACUUCUGAUACAGUACCGUGUACAGUAAAAACGCGUCUUUCCCGAAGCCUCUACAAUGUUAUCCUUUGAGAAUUCUCACGCGUUUCCUUAAUAUCACGGAGGAUAUAUUCCGAGACUCGCGAAUAAUCGCGAAUUUUCCGUGGAACGUCUGGGGAAAAACUCGAAAAUACACGCGUACACCGUACGUGCACGUACGACAGAGUACUGGCCAGCCCGAGCUUGAGUUUGAUUCGAAGUUUAUAUACCUUUUAAUAAAUUAUUGGUCUAAGAGUUUGGACGCGUGUUGCAGGAUGGCAUCUUUGUACGUGCAACAUGCGCAACGUCUUCGAGGCCGUGCUGUCAUAGUCGUUGCUUGAAACUUGUCUGGACUGAGAAGUUUCCAGUAACAACUAAGAUCUAAGUCUAACGUGAGCCCGAGAUACGUCGCGCGCAUGUGCGCGCACAAUUGUAAAUUUUAUAAUACAAAUAGAUAUAAACGUAUAGAUAUUUUAUGACCGUGGUUCGUCAUCCAUCUUAAUCGACGAGUCCGAUUCGUCUCGGGAUUUUAAUGUAUAAUAAAAGGGAUGAAAUAAAAUUAAGUUAAAAUCGACAAUAAAUUUUGGUGUGAAAAUGCUUAUUAAAAGGAAUAAGCAUGUACCAGAAGCAAAGAGAAAAGAAAAAGCAAGAAGAACAAAACGCAGAAACAGACUCUGACCUCGGAAAGGCAUGGUACCAACAUGAUCUAGUAUUAUAGUUUUAUUAUUAAAUUAGGCGAUAGAGAAACCCCCGACAAGACAACACUGAUACACAAAUAUACAUAUAUUACGUACAUAAGGAUAUAUAUGUUAAAUAUUAAUGCAAUGAUUACGAUUUACAUUGUUAUAAAUGGUCGUGUAUAAAGUUAUCUAAGUGAUUUCUCUCUAAGUUUAAAAAAAAAAUGGAGGUUUAACCCGAGAGAUAUGCCAUUACGAAGACGUUUUAAGUAUCCUAAAUUUACGAUUGUAUCAUUCGUAUAAUUUUUACUAAUUAGAUAUCGAGAAGAACGAAAACACACCAUAUACACACGCGCACCAUACCAUACGUUUCUUUGAAGCUUCUUCGCAGAAACGCUUCUCUUGUCUAUAUUAUAAUAUUGUGCAAGAAUUUUUAUCAUUGUCGGAAGACUCUCGCUGCGGCGUUCUUCAUCACGCGACCCGGAAGAACGAAUGAUGAUCACUUUUAUACGUUUUUAAAAAUCUUUUAAAGCGCACCUACUAAUGUGCAAACCCACCCACUCUUAGGCAGCGACACUUAGGUUUAGAGGGAUGUGUUUGUAUUUCGUAUAAUCGCCUUACUUUGUAUUCUAAGAUCAUUUUCUAUAGUUCUUAAACGCAAAUGAUGUUUCUUUUUCGUACAUAGCGUACUUUGUUUGUUUUUAUCUUUCUACCACUUAUAAAGCGAUGUAUCGGAUCACGAGAAUUUACGGAUAGAAGCAUAGGCCACCGUUACACACACUCACGCAUCCACACA